UCGCCAGUUGAUCAGUUGAUUGCCAGCCACCGGGGACGCAGCUUCGCCAGCGACUCGAGAAUCAAUCGGAGCGGGAAAUAUCAAAACAAUAAAAUAGAAAAAUUGAAAAAUGCUGCAGCUUCUAUUUGUGGCCCUUCUCUUUGCCCUUUUGGGGGCUCAGGCCCAGCAACUUGGCAAAGCCAUUAUGCAUUUUGGCAACUGCAACUCCGUGGAAUUCGGGAAGGGAACCUGCAUCGAAAGGACGGACUGCGACUUCUUCGCCGUGGAUAAGCUGAUGGAUUUGGCCAGCAGACAACAGUGCUUCUCCCGCCAGCGACCCGAUCUGGUUUGCUGUCCCCGUGAGACGAACAUUAUCCCGCCUUUCGGACCGAGGAUCCUCAAUGAAACUCUGGAAACCGGACCCGCGCCAACGCGCACCACCACUGCAACCACUCUGCUGAAGCCGCUGGCCCGCGCGACUCCCCGUCCACCCACCGGCAUCGACCAACUGCCGCAGCAUCCGUACUGCGGAUCGGCCUUUUCGUUCCGAGGUGGGGGUCAGAACACCGGACUCUUCGAGUUCCCCUGGACGACUCUGCUGGAGUACGACUUGCAGGGCGGCGGCAAGGACUUCGCCUGCGGAGCGUCCUUCAUUGCGCAGAGGUGGCUGGUGACCGCCGCCCACUGCAUCCACACGCUGGGCAGAAACCUCACGGCCGCCGUUUUGGGCGAGUGGAACCAGGACACCGAUCCGGACUGCGAGAAUAACCUGAGUGGCGUGAGGGAGUGUGCUCCGCCGCACAUCCGCGUGACCAUCGAUCGCAUCCUGCCACAUCGGCAGUACUCGGACAAGACCUAUGUGAAUGACAUCGCCCUGCUGCGAUUGUCGCGGCCGGUGAACUGGCUGCAGAUGCAGUACUUGGAACCCGUGUGCCUGCCACCUCAGCGGGGCAGGAAUGCCAACCGGCUGGUCGGUUCCGCCGCCGAUGUGUCCGGUUGGGGGAAAACCGAGUCGAGCGGCAGCAGCAAAAUCAAGCGGAAGGCCAUGCUGCACAUCCAGGACCAGGAUCAGUGCCAGGAGGCCUUCUACAAGGACACCAAGGUAGUUCUCACCGAGGGUCAGAUGUGCGCCGGCGGGGAACUCGGCGUGGAUUCCUGUAGUGGCGACUCCGGCGGUCCGCUUACCGUCGAGGCAAACACCCCGAAUGGCAAUCGGUAUGUUUACCUAGCGGGAGUGGUUUCCUUUGGACGCGAUCACUGCGGCACGACUCAGUUUUCCGGGGUUUACACACGGGUCAGCAGCUACAUGGACUGGAUCGAGAACACCAUUCGGGCGAACCGCGUUUAGGUGGCUUCCACAACUCAAAGCUUGUGUUUGUGACUCUUAUUGAAAUUAAAAUGCUUUCUAAAAUACAAAUAA